AUGGGAGAGCAACCCAUCUUCAGUUCACGGGCUCACGUCUUUCAAAUUGAUCCCAGCACCAAGAAAAAUUGGGUUCCCACAAGUAAACAUGCCGUCACCGUGUCCUACUUCUUUGACAGUACGAGGCACGUGUAUCGAAUCAUCAGUCUGGAGGGCUCUAAGGCCAUUAUCAACAGCACCAUCACCCCAAACAUGACCUUCACAAAGACGUCCCAGAAGUUUGGGCAGUGGGCCGACAGUCGGGCCAACACCGUGUACGGCCUGGGCUUCUCCUCUGAGAGCCACCUGCUCAAGUUUGCAGAGAAGUUCGCAGAGUUCAAGGAAGCCGCGCGUUUGGCCAAAGAGAAGUCUCACGAGAAGACUGAGCUAACCACUCCCUCACAGGACCCUGCUCCGGCUGAAACCCUCCAGCCGCCGCCGCCGGCCCCAGAGACCGUGAACGGUACAAACGAGGGCCGAGUCUCACCCCACACACACCACGCGCAAACCAGGGCGGAGCCGACCCAGAAUGCACUGCACUUCUCUCACAGUUCAUCCAGCAUCGGUAAACACUGGGAGGCAGAGUUGGUGGCUCUGAAAGGAAACAAUGCCAAACUCACGGCGGCGUUACUGGAAUCCACAGCCAACGUGAAACAGUGGAAGCAGCAGCUGGCGGCCUAUCAGGAGGAAGCGGAGAGACUACACAAACGGGUGACGGAGUUGGAAUGUGUCAGCGGUCAAACCACAGCAAUCAAAACCCAGAAGACAGAACUCAACAGAACGAUAGAGGAGUUAGAGUCUGCUUUGAGGGACAAGGAAGAGGAGCUGGAGCGGCUCAAAGCUGAGAUUGAGAGCACCAACGUGUUUCAUUACCAAAAAGACUCACUCUCACAGAAACUCCAGGACACAGAGAGCCGUAACCAGGCCCUGGAGGCUCACCUGACUGAACUCGGACAGCGUCUGGAGAGCGUGCAGCAGGAGCGUGAGGCCUUCCAGAAAAGCCUGCGCUCGCUGCUGCAGCUGCUCGACUCCAAGAUCUUUGAGUUGACAGAGCUGCGGGACACUCUGGCCAAGCUCAUAGAGACGAGCUAG